UGACGUUUUCGAUGAAGAUGAUGUGUCAGUGUCGCGCAAGGGAAGAAAGAAACCAGAAAACUUGGAAGUGUUGUACAUUUUCAUAUAGCAAUCUAAAAUCUGCUGCAGUUUCCGUCGUCUCUGUCCCUUUCUGCGAGAAAACUGCGGACGUAAAAGUGAAUUCCGAAUUGUGAUACUUUACUGCACAUUGCCUCCCCCGCUUUAAUCGCCAAGUACAGCGGUCGCUGCGUGAAUCCGAUUCGUCAGCGACACUUCCGCGAUCCGUGUUAAUUUGGUGUGCUGGAAAGAAAGCAAAGAGAGGAGAAAAAAAUCGGUCGGUACUGCAAAACGUCCCAACCUGUCGUCGUGCCCGUGUGCCGUUCAUACCGAGGAGCUAAAGUGAAGGAAACAGAUUUUCCACCAUCCGACCAUGAGUCCCGAAUACGACUAUUUGUUUAAGCUGCUGCUGAUCGGUGAUUCCGGAGUUGGAAAGUCAUGCCUGCUGCUAAGAUUCGCCGACGAUACAUAUACGGAAAGUUACAUCAGCACAAUUGGUGUAGAUUUUAAAAUUCGAACCAUAGAUCUGGAUGGAAAAACUAUCAAAUUGCAAAUUUGGGAUACUGCCGGCCAGGAACGCUUCCGCACGAUAACGUCGUCCUACUAUCGCGGUGCACACGGUAUCAUCGUGGUGUACGACUGUACCGAUCACGAUUCGUUCGAGAACGUGAAGCAAUGGUUGGAGGAAAUCGAACGUUACGCUUGCGACAACGUAAACAAACUCCUAGUGGGCAACAAGUGUGAUCUGCAGACGAAGAAACGUGUCGAUACAACCACGGCAAUGGAAUUGGCAAAUCAAUUGGGCAUUCCGUUCCUUGAGACAUCAGCGAAAAAUGCCACCAACGUAGAGCAGGCAUUCAUGACCAUGGCGGCCGAAAUCAAGAAUCGCGUAGGACCCCCGUCCAGUGCCGCCGAUCCGCCAAGUGCUGUGAAGAUCGACAAGGGCCGCAACGUGGAGGCAAAGUCGGGCUGUUGCUGAACACCAGAUGGGUUUCAGGGGCAGCAGCUUUAUUAUUAUGAUUAUCAUCCUCUCAAAUCGAUCGACCACGACCACCACGCUCCUUCCUUCCACCCCGUUCGUUUUAGCUACGUGCCAGCCGCGGCACUAGCAGCAGCAACAGCAACAGCAACAUGAAUUAAUGAAACAGGCAAAAAAGGAGGAAAGGAAUCGAUAAACUGCUGAAGUAAAAAGUCACCUAUUUCCAACCCCCCCCCCCCCACACACACACACCACCACCCACCCAACUACCCUGACGUGUGCUUCCCUGGGAAAACGGGAACAGGACGGGACGACUGGAAGGAACACGGAUGAGGGUUUUUGUGGGUGUUGGUUUUGUCUCUAAAGCGUAUCGUAAACUGUAUUUUUCCGUUACGAUCCUCCUUCACGUGUCUGCAGUAUCUUACACUUACACAUCCCCCCACACAAAACACAAACCCCUUCACAUUUUGCUGAAUAGAUUACUUCUAUUAUAAUUAUAUCUUUAUAUGAGUUAUAACAAUACAAAUAUUGGUUUUCGUUUUUUUGGGGGGGGUAGGGGGAAGCAAACUUGGAGGGCGUGUAGUAAUGAGGUCUUCUCCUGUAAAGCAGCAGGCGGGAAGGUGCAGUCUGGUAAAGGAAGGUAGAAAUAUUAAUAUCAUAAGAUCGAAGAAAGGCUAGAGAAAGCGAACGGUUUAACGGUUUAAUGAUGAUGAUGAUGCUUGUGUGCUGCAUUCUGCAUGAUGAUAAUGAUUAGUUUUUCUUUCCCCUUGUUUUCGGACAAGUCCUGUUUGUGGUGGACAGAAAGGGUUUUCGUUUGAACGAGCUCUGUAACCAUGAUCCACGCAUUCAAGCGAUUCGACUGUAGCCUGGUUCAUCGAGGGCGAGAGAAGGAGAGACAGAGAGAGAGAGAGAGAGAGAGAGGUGCAUAUAGCAAAAACCCCACAAACAACACACCAUACACGAACACGAGGAACACACAUGAAACAACAAACAAGCAAACUAAAAGAGACAUAAUAAAUAGUGGAAAUUGGAAGAUGUUUCGAG